AUGGUUGAAGAUGCUGCAAAUACUAUCUUAAAAAUAGCUAGCGAAGACCGGGUUGAAAAAUCGAGGGUAGAGAGUGAAGAUUACGGUGCUUUACUUCUCUGGUUUAAUCACCUUUCUAUAGACGAAACCGGCUACCGAAUUGGCCAAGGGAAGCAACGUAAGGUUAUUACCUCUCGUAUAAUAAGCGAUAUCCCUACCGGUGGUCAGUCAGAGUCAAUUACCGGUAUUGAAUGUAUUGCUGCCGAUGGCUGGUUAAUGCUACUAUAG